AUGGUGAAUACAACAAGGAAAGAUUGGGGCUCCAAGCUCAAUGAUGCACUUUGGGCGUAUAGAAUAGCGUAUAAGACACUUAUUGGUAUGUCUCCAUACCGGUUGGUUUAUGGUAAGGCUUAUCAUCUUCCAGUUGAACUUGAACAUAAGGCUUAUUGGGUGAUAAAGAAAUGCGACAUGGAGUAUGAUGAUGCGGGGAAGCAAAGGAAGUUACAAAUAAAUGAGCUAGAGGAUAUACGUAAUGAUGCUUACGAGAGUGCCCGAAUAUACAAGGACAAGACUAAGCUUUUCCAUGACAAGAUGAUUUCUCUUGAAAUUACUAGUCUUAGAGACAACUUGGUUUUGAAGGUCAACGACCAUAGAUUGAAUCCAUACUAUGAGAACAUCGCUUAUGUGAAUUUGGACGAACUUCCAUUUGAAGAUGUACUCCCUCUGGAGGAGUAA